AAUAAUAAUAAUAAUAAUAAUAAUAAUAAUAAUAAUAAUAAUAAUAAUAAUAAUAAUAAUAAUAAUAAUAAUAGUAAUAAUAAUAGUAAUAAUGGUGUUAGUGUGGAAUGGCAACAGACCCGCAUUACACCGUUGUUUGAUAGAAGGUGUUUCUGGGAAAGCUGUUUUCGUGUGGUUUCUAUUGUAAAGGCUGCAGCAGCCACUACAACCUCAACUACAACUACAACUAAUACUAAUACUACCAAUACUACAGAACAACAAGGAGGUGUGGAGAUUUCUUCUACUUCGAGUAAUUUGGUGAGUAAAGAUGUGGGACAUUGGAAAUCUGUGUAUGAUGCGGGUCGUCGCUGUAUAAUAGCGGCAGCAGAAGGUAAAGAUAAGAGUAUUCUCACAGCCGCAUCACAGAAGUUUAAAGAAUUAUAUAAUCGUAGUCUAGAUCAAGAUACAUCAACGGAUUCUUUAUCCUCACCUCUUAGUGGGGUGAUGAGUAGACUUUUUCAUUUACUUGGUGAUGGAUUAAGUGUUAUACCUCAGCAAUGUAAUCUCACUGUAGAAGAAACAUCUAAACAAGCGGAACUCUCUACACAAGAUGAGAAACGAGUUCAAACCUUCCUUGGAGCUCUUGAUAAUAUUGUGGAGAAGGCCUCACGAGAUCCUCCACAAGUACCGCAAGCCCCACAACGUCCCAAUCGGGGAAAACGGCCAUCCACAGAUCUUUCUAAUAAUAAUAGUAAUAGUAAUAGUAGUAGUAAUGAUAAGAACUCAAGACAAGGAGGAGGGAAUGUGAGUAACACUCAACCAAAGCAGCAACAACAAAUACAACAACAACAAAAACAGAAACAUCAACAACAGAAACCACAUCAAUCCUUUCCACAUCACUUUCCACAUCUUCAAGGUGCAUCAUCAGCAGAGGGAAUCCUUCCAUUUCCCGCAGGUGGUAUGAAUACGGGUGUAUUGCCAGUCCCAGGUACAAUGCCCUUUAUUCAGCAGCAACCACAACAGAAACCACCACAACCACAACAACAAUUACAACAACAACAAUUGCAGCAACAACAACAACAACAGAAUUUCCGACCUGGUAUGCACAAUCCUGUAUUUUUAAAUCCUGGUAGAGGCAAUGUAAUGACGCCCGAUGGUGUGGGAGUUCUAAAUGAUGUUUAUAUGCAACGUCCUUCCGUGAUGGGCCAGCGUCCCAUGCAGGCAGGCAACUUUGCGGGGGAUCGUAAAGGCGGUAGAGGCGGCGGGAACCAUCGCGGCGGUAGAGGCGGUGGGAGAGGCGGAGGCCGAGGAGGAGGAGGAGGAAGAAAUGCUUUUAAAUGA